AUGUCCUCUUGUAACAACUCCAUUCCCCAGCCAGAGGUAUUUGUAUUGGCUGGGAUUCCAGGACUGGAGUCUUAUCAUGGUUUGUUCUCACUGCCCUACUUCUUAGUCUCCAUUACUGCUCUCACUGGAAACAUCACCAUCAUAUCCAUCAUUCAUGUAGAAAAGAGUCUCCAUGAGCCCAUGUUUCUUCUGCUGGCCAUGCUGUCAUUUGUUGACCUGUCUUUAGUUAGUGCAACUGUGCCACACAUGCUAGGCAUCUUCUGGCUGGAUGCUAAAGAGAUAAGCAUUGAUGGGUGCCUCAUCCAUAUGUUCUUCAUCGCAUCUUUCUAUGACAUGGAAUCUGGCAUUCUUUUGGCCAUGGCUUUUGAUCAUUUUGUAGCCAUCUGCAAUCCACUGAGGUACAUAACCAUAUUAACUAAUAAUUCACUGGUGAAAAUGUGGCUUGCAAUCCUAGCAAGAACUAUGGUAGAGCUUAUUCCAAUGCCUAUCUUAGCCAAAACCUUGACCAGCUUCCGAACUAACAUUAUUCCUUACUCCUAUUGUACCUACAUGGCUGUGGUACAGAUUUCUUGUGGAGAUAUAUCUAACUACAUUGUCUAUGGUUUCAUGAUUGUUGUAACUUCUAUUGGUAUGGACCUACUCUUUAUCAGCCUCUCCUAUGGGAUGAUUCUUCGAGCUGUCUUCCACUUUCCCUCUUGGGAAGCACGGCACAAGGCCCUGAGCACAUGUGGCUCCCAUCUCUGUAUCAUUGGCCUUUUUUAUUCACCUGUUGUUUUCUCUUUUUUGACUCAAGCAUUUGGAUAUCAAAUGCCUCCUAACAUCCAGAUUAUUGUUGACAAUCUCUACUUCUUGGUACCUCCCAUGAUCAACCCCUUAAUCUAUGGGGCCAGAACCAAGCAAAUUAAGGAACAUGUCCUCCAAGUUCUGGCUUGCCACCCAAAAUAA